AUGCCAAAAACUGUCAAACUCUCAUCCCGUCCCGCGUUCGGCCGACGAAUUCCAGAUGCUACGUCAUCAGACACUCCGCGUGUCUGCGUCUCCACCUAUCUCCUUGAUCCCUCGUCGGACACCCGGUCGGGCUCUUUGUGCAUCCUAAAAGCUGAAAAAAACCAGGACCUGGUGCUGGAAAACGAAAUCAGCACGUCGGCAGGCGUUUUUCGCUUCGACUUUCGGAAUCCGUCGACCGUGGUGGCCGCGUUGACCAACGGAUCGCUUGUCGUGCAAAAAAUCGAGGAGCCAACAUCAUCGGAAACGACGCCAGUCUCGUCGGAUAUGCUUCUAGAUUUGGGUCUUUCCGAUUCGUCGCUAACAAUCACGACAGAUAAUAAAGACACCACUUCUAUUCUUACAGUGGCAAUCGCCGAAUUGAUUCCCCACUUGGCCCUGUUCAUCUCGCUGAUUGGUGCAUUCUCCGGAGCAUCCAUGGCUCUUUUAUUCCCACCGAUUAUUGAGCUACUGACAUCCUAUGCAAAAAACGAGCUGACAAGUGGUUUGUGGGCCAAGAAUAUCCUACUUUUAGGCUUUGCGAUCGUCGGGUUCACCACCGGAACCUAUAGUGCACUGGUGGAAAUCGCCAAAACGUUUUCCGGAUAA